AUGGCCGCCGCUUUCUUCCCCGGAGGAGCGGCGUGGGACCCGAGAGCCGCCGGCAAGCCUGGGCGGCGGCGCUGGGCCAGGCGCGAUGGGGAGGAGGAGGCGGACGAAGAGCCCGCGGUGCUGGUUCUGAGCCACUUCUCGCGGCCACCGUUCCUGAGCUUCGGCAGCCUGCGCGUCGGCGCCGCCCGUACGCGGCUCCUGGGUAUCGAUAACCCCAACGAGGAGGACGUCGAGGUGAUCGUCGACCGCGUCCCGGCUCCCGAUCGGGGCUUCAGCAUUGACCAUCGGCGCUUUUCCGUGCAGUCAGGACAAAGAAUCUUUAUUAAUGUAACAUGGAUGCCAUUAGAAGAAGGAAAAGUCAGAGAACUGAUAACUUUUGUUAUUAAUGGCAUUGUAAAACAUCAAGCUGUGCUCCUGGGUGUUGCUGAACAGCCUGUGAAGAAAAAGAAAAGUCUCUGGGAUAUUAUAAAAAAGAAAAAUCCUUCAGAAACACCUGCUUCAAUAAAAGUUAAAAGAAGUACUUUGAAGGUUAAAAAUGUUGAUAAAACCUUUCAAGUUUCACAGAAGGGGAAUAGACUUAGAAGCCCGCUUCAGCCAUGUGAAAAUUAUAACACAAAGCAAAGUAAUUUAUCCCCAGGAAAUGACUCUUCUAAUGGCUCAGAAAAUAAACUGCCAAUAUCACCUAUUGCCCCAGUGCUGGAGGAACCCCGUACUCCUGUUGGCACACCUCUUGCAAUGAGAAGGUCUACUAUGUUAUCAGAUGUUGCUGCUGUAAAUGAGGAGUUAUUGCCAGAAGUAGGCAGAUGUAACAUCAAGAAAAUUGUUAAUGAGCACAAGGAAUUAAAAUCAGAAAGUGCAUCCGGUUCUGGUGUAGCACAGCUGCCAAUUUCAAACAAUGAAGUAAUCCUUAAUUGUGUACUCUCAGCGGUUUGCUCUCCAGAAUACUCAGCAUCUGUAACUGGCUUAAGUACUAGGAGAAUUUUAAGUCCAGAUUCUUUUGUAAAUAACAGUUAUCCAGGGGAUAUAGAUACGUUUCAGCAGCCUGUUCCCAUUCUGUCACCUGAUCAAUUUCUGAAAGACAGUUUGUCAAACAAUCAAUCAAUGACUCCUAAACUGGAGCGGGCUUUAAUAGCGACCACUACAGAGACUUAUGUUGUAAAGAAAUGCCCACACUCAAAAUGGAAAAAAAGUGAAGAUGUACAGCAAAAACCACACAUUCGUAUAGAAUGCAACUCUGAGGUGCAUAAAAUAGAAUCACAGGUGCUUUGUUACAACAAACCCAAUGGAAAGCCCAUCAGUUUUCCAUCUACAGGGAAACUUCAGACUCGCAAUUCUUCUCAGAAAGAGCAACCCAAAAAGCGUCCAAUUCUGUCUGCCACCGUCAUCAAAAAAAAACCUGAUGCUGCUGAAGAGAAAAGAAUGGAAACCCUCCAGCCCAAAUCCAAAAAGUGCCUUAAUAAAGCCCUAACGGACUGUGAUACUGUGGUACCUGUACAUACAAAAGCAGAAAUAUCUAGACACCUUCCAGUUAUAGGUCCCAUUUCAGCUGAAAACAAGUGUCACAAUGAGAAAGUAAAUGUAUCUCCUGCUGAAUCAACUUCUUUGUGUCGUAAGAGGAAACAUGAAAUCUAUGUAGAAAGUAGUAGAGCAACAGCUCCAGCGCAUGUGGAAGAAGUGGAAAGAAAAAGAGCUCUUACAUCUAAAGUGGACAGUAAAACAUGUGCUACUAUGAGACCAUCAGCCUUCAAGCCUACAAACCGAGAGCGAGUAGGGCACAGAAAGCAAUCUGGUUCACUUCAGAAAGCAUCCAAAACUACCAACAGAAUUAGUAGACCUGUCCCUGGAUUGGCUCAGUCUCACCUGACCUUUGUGAAACCACCAAAAACAGUCAUUCCUAGGCACCCAAUGCCUUUUGCUGCUAAAUACAUGUUUUAUGAUGAACGUUGGAAGGAGAAGCAGGAACGAGGUUUCACCUGGUGGCUAAACUUUGUACUUACCCCAGAUGACUUCACUGUGAAAACAAAUGCUUCACAAGUCAGUGCAUCUGCUCUUAUCUUGGGAGGAGAGACUCAUCAUAAAACCAGUGUUCCUAAAGCACCAACAAAAGAUGAAGCAUCUCUGAAAGUUUACACGGCUCGUCGUAAGCUUAAUAAGUUACGACAUGAAGCUUGUCGACUCUUUAACUCUGAAGCAAUGGUUAAAGCUAUUAAGAAGCUGGAAGUUGAGAUUGAAACUAGACGUUUGCUAGUUCGUAGAGACAGACACCUGUGUAAAGAUGUAGGAGAGAGGCAGAAAAUCCUUAACUGGCUCUUAUCUUACAACCCUUUGUGGCUGCGGAUAGGACUGGAGACUGUUUAUGGAGAACUGAUAGCUUUGGAGAGUAAUAGUGAUGUUACAGGUUUAGCAAUAUUUAUCCUGAACCGCUUGCUUUGGAACCCUGACAUUGCAGCUGAAUACAGACAUCCCACUGUGCCUCACCUUUACCGAGAAGGUCAUGAAGAAGCUUUGUCAAAAUUCACACUGAAAAAAUUGCUGCUGUUAGUUUGCUUUCUGGAUUGUGCCAAACGGUCCAGAAUGAUUCACCAUGACCCUUGCCUCUUUUGUAAGGAUGCAGAGUUCAAGGCUAGCAAAGACCUUCUGCUUGCAUUUUCUCGGGACUUCCUGAGCGGUGAAGGUGAUCUUUCCCGCCACCUCGGUUUCUUAGGGUUCCCUGUCAGCCACGUUCAAACUCCACUUGAUGAAUUUGAUUUUGCUGUGACCAAUCUGGCUGUGGACUUACAGUGUGGCAUUCGUCUUGUGAGAACGAUGGAACUUCUCACUAAAAACUGGAGUCUUUCAAAACAACUGAGAGUUCCUGCAAUAAGUCGUCUGCAAAAGAUGCAUAAUGUUGACCUUGUUCUGAAUGUCCUCAAAGAGCAUGGAAUUCUCCUGAGAGAUGAAAAUGGUACUUCAAUUGACUGCAGGGAUAUUGUGGAUAGACACAGAGAAAAAACAUUAGCUCUCCUGUGGAAAAUUGUCUUUGCCUUCCAGGUGGAUGUUUUUCUUAAUGUGGAACAGUUAAAGGAAGAAAUUGAGUUUUUAAAGAACACAUACAAGAGGAAAAGAAGAUUAGGUGCUCUCAGGGCUUUUACAGAUUUUUGCGGAGCACAAGAAAAUAACAGCAUAAGUAACUCGCCUCAAAGUUACAGUGAAAAUGUGAACUUGCUGAUGGAAUGGGUUAAUGCUGUUUGUGGCUUUUACAGUAUCAAGGUGGAAAAUUUCACAGCGUGUUUCUCAGAUGGUAGAGUACUAUGUCAUUUGAUUCAUCACUAUCAUCCAUGUUACGUGCCUUUGGAAGCUGUGUGCCAACACACAACUCAAACAGUAGAAUGCUCGAGAACUCAUACAGUGGGACUAAACUCUUCCUCCUCAUCCUCUUCAGAGUCUGAUACUUCUCUAAAUGUCAUGGAAGGAAUGUUUGACCCAACUGGAACUGGCUCAGCCCUAUACAAGGAACUCUUGGACAAUGAAAGGAAAAACUUCCAACUGAUCAAUGCUGCAGUUUCUGACCUAGGUGGAAUACCAGCAAUGAUUUACCACUCGGAUAUGUCAAACACAAUUCCUGAUGAGAAGGUUGUUAUUACCUACCUAUCAUUUCUGUGUUCUCGGCUUCUCGAUCUUCGUCAAGAAACUCGAGCCGCACGAUUAAUUCAGUCUGCUUGGAGGAAUUACAGACUGAAAAGGGAACUCAAACUUUCUCAGGAAAGAGACAGAGCUGCUCGGAUAAUUCAAAGGUCUGCAGUAAGUUUCUUGUCUCGUCGACGCAACCUAAAGAAAGCAAAUGCAGCAAUUCUCAUCCAGAAGCACUGGAGAAGAUACUUGGCCAUGAUGCCUUUAUUAAAUCUGAAAAAGAGAAAACUGGAAGAAGCCAGAAGUAAAUCUGCUACAGUCAUCCAGGCUUAUUGGAGGAGAUACUCUGCUAGGAGAAGAUAUUUGCAGCUAAGAUACUAUGUUAUUUUUGUACAAGCAAGUAUAAGGAUGGUGAAGUCUGUUGCUGCAUAUAGGAAGUUGAAAGGAGCUUGCAUAAGAAUUCAAGCUGUAGUUCGAGGCUAUCUUGUCAGGAAACAAGUACAGAAGUGGAGGGAGGCUGCAGUAUUUCUCCAGGCAUGCUACAGAAUGAGAAGGGACAGGCAACGUUAUUUAAGCAUCUGUAGGGCUGCCGUUGUCGUUCAACAACGUUAUCGUGCAUACAAAAAACAACAGUGUCAGAGACAGGAGUUCUUGCAAGUUAAGAAAGUGGCUGUGUGCUUACAGGCAGCCUACAGGGGUUACAAAGCACGCAAAAGGCUGAAGCUUGAAUAUAGAGCUGCUAUUAAAAUUCAGACUGCUUUUAGAGCUCACGCUGCAAGAAGGAAAUACAAGGCAGUGAUUCAGGCCUCCAUUGUGAUUCAGCAGUGGUACAGAGCUUGUAAGACUGGUAACAGGGAGAGGCUGAACUUCUUAACAACAAGAGCGGCGACGCUCUCUUUACAAGCAGCUUUUCGUGGCUGGAAGGUGCGAAAGCAAAUUCGAAGACAACGUUUUGCUGCUACUAAGAUACAGUCUGCCUUCAGAAAAUUCAUGGCUCUGAAAGAAUUCAGACUCUUGAAGUGUGCUGUGCUUACUGUCCAAAGGCAUUACAGAGCCAGUGUUAUAGGCCAAAACCAACGGCAAGAGUAUGUUCAGCUGCGGAACUCUGUAGUGUGUCUUCAAGCGAUAUGGAGAGGGAGAGCUGUGAGAAAAACAAUUCAGAAGAAACAUUAUCAUGCAACAAUUAUUCAGUCCUACUACAGAAUGCAUGUAAAUCAGCUAAAAUAUAAGAAGCUAAGACAAGCCACUGUAGUGAUUCAGAAAUACUACAGAGCUUACUGUAUGAAAAAAACCCAACGUACAAUUUAUCUGAAAACAAAGGCAGCUGUGUUAGUCUUGCAGUCUGCUUACCGUGGGAUGACUGUGAGGAAGCAACUGAACAAACUAAACAAAGCAGCUACAACUAUACAAGCUGCCUUCAAAUCUUACCUGGUCAAAAAGGACUAUGGAAGACUUAGAUGGGCAGCGAUAGUGGUUCAAAGGCGUUACCGUGCCGUUAUUCACGCCAAAUGUCAGAAGGAGAAAUAUUUAGCUUUAAAAAAAGCCACAGUCAAAGUGCAGGCAAUUUACAGAGGUGUAAGAGCUCGUCGACGAAUUCACUGCAUGCAUCAAGCAGCUCUCUGCAUUCAGGCCACAUUCAAGAUGCAUCACACGGCCAUAAAAUAUCAGACAAUGAGAAUGGCAGCAAUUAUAAUUCAAAGGCAAUACAGAGCAUUUUGUUUAGGCAAAGUACAGCGUAAAAAAUACUUGAAACUGAAGCAGUCUGUCAUUGUCCUUCAGGCUGCCUUUAGAGGCAUGAAGGUCCGACAGGACUUAAAAACUAUGCAUCAGGCAGCAGCAGUGAUACAGUCUUACUAUCGAAUGUACAGACAACAGCUGGAUUUCAGAAGAUUAUUGCUGGCAACCAGGCAGAUUCAGCAAUGGUUCCGUGCUUGUAGGGAGCGAAAUGCACACGUUCACAACUAUAGGGUUGUGAGAAGUGCUGCACUGCUUAUUCAGGCUGCGUUCCGUGGUAUGAGAGCAAGAAGACUGAUAAGAUCUAUGAAUCAAUCUGCCAAGCUUAUUCAAAGAAGAUUUAGAACUUUCCUUGCAAGAAAACAUUUUCUUUCCCUUAAGACAGCUGCUAUUGUAGUUCAGAGAAAAUACAGGGCAACGAAACUAGCAAAGAGUACACGUCACCAAUAUCUGUCCAUCGUUAAUGCUGUGGUAACCAUACAGUCUGCUUAUAGAGGCUUUGUGGUGAGAAAACAAAUGAGGCAGGUGCAUCAAGCUGCUACAGUCCUUCAGGCAACGUUACAAAUGCGUAAAAUUGACAUUUCUUAUGAAGCUGUCAGGCUGGCCUCCGUAACCAUACAGCAACAUUACCGUGCCUACAGGGAAGGGAAGUGUGUGAGAGAAAGGUUUUUGAAAAUGAAGUUCUCUGCACUUACCAUUCAAAGAAGAUGGAGAGCAACCCUUACUGCACGAGUGAUUCAACAUCACUUUCUGUCAACUAAGAAUGCUGCUGUUAAGAUUCAGUUGGCAUAUAGACAGUACAGGGCCAGAAGGCUUUUAAGAAAGAUUUCAGAAGAGAAACAAAGGAAGAGACUACUUUAUUUUACAGCAGCUGCAUAUCAUCAUAUUUCUGCAAUUAAAAUUCAAAGGGCAUAUAGGAUUCACCUGAUCUUAAAACUUGCACAAAAACAGAUCUCAUCUGUUAUUAUAAUCCAGAGAUGGUUCCGAGCAAGAAUGCAACAAAAGACAUUUUUAAGAGAUUACCGAAGAAUCAGUCAAUUACAACGUGUGAUUCGAGGCUGGCUAAACCACAGACGUGAUGCAGCAACCACAAUCCAACGAGCUGUGCGAAGGUUCCUUGCCUGCAGGCGCAGGAGGAGAUUUGCAGUUGGGAUAAUGAAAUUUCAGGCAUUGUGGAGAGGAUAUUCCUGGAGAAAGAGGAAUGACACAGCAAAAACUAAAGCUUUAAGGCUUAGUUUAGAAAAUGCUAACAAAAAGUGCAGAGAAGAAAACAAAUUGUGCAACAGAACUGCAAUUGCUAUUGAAAACCUUCUAAAACACAAACAACUCUCUUAUAUUCUUGAAGCAUUAAAGAACCUUGAGGUGGCUACCAGGCUGUCCCCGCUCUGCUGUGAAAAUAUGGCCCAGAGCAGCGCAAUCGUCACUAUUUUUGUUCUGAUCCGAAGUUGCAACCGGAGUGUUCCAUGCAUGGAUGUGAUCAGAUAUUCAAUUCAGGUCCUACUUAAUGUUUCAAAGUAUGAAAGAACUAGUCAAGCGGUUUAUGAAGCAGAAAAUUCUAUAGAAACAUUACUAGACCUACUGCAAAUGUACAGAGAGAAAGUAAGGAACAAAGUCUCAGAGAAAGGAGGAACCAUUUUCACAAAGACCUGUUGUUUGUUGGCCCUCCUUUCAAAGGACUCAAAAAGAGCUUUGGAAAUCCGAAGCAUACCAAGAGCUGUUCCAUGCAUUCAGAGUCUAUAUAAACUUACAACUCGUAAACAUAAAAUGGAUGCAGAGAGAACACUUGCGAAGCAGAAAACAAACAUGUUCUUAAGUGGAACUUCCUUUGUUCCAGUAACUCUUCCAAGAAUAAAAGCAGUUUCAAGAAUUAAGCCAGACUGGUUUCUGAGGAAAGACAACAUGCAAGAAAUUGUGGAUCCGCUGCAAGCAAUUCUGAUGGUGAUGGAUACACUCGGUAUUGCCCGCUGCUGAAAUGUAAAUGAUGUAUAUAGAAGUGUAUUUGUACAGCAAGUGUAUGUAUAAGACAGCUAAAAGAAAGCAAAAACGUGUCAAACUACCCUUGAAAAUGUUUUUUUCUUUUUUCAAAUUGCAAUUAGCAUUUCUGUACCUUUUUUUUGUACUGUAUACAACUUUGGAAAUCCCCUUUUGUACUACUACCAAAAGCAAUUGUGCAAUAAAAUCAUAA